UCUGUUAAACACACAGAAAAGAGUCAUGGAUUUUGUUUCCAUGUUUUGCUUAUUUGCUUUCAUUUCUUUCUCCCUUCUUCUUCUCCAUUCUAUCUUCAACUUGUUUGCUUUUGGUAUCAAGAAGUUGCCUCUUCCCCCUGGCACUUUGGGUUGGCCUUAUAUUGGAGAAACUUUCCAACUUUACUCUCAAAACCCAAGUGUUUUCUUUGCCUCCAAAGUCAAGAAGUAUGGUUCAAUAUUCAAGACUCACAUAUUGGGAUGUCCAUGUGUGAUGAUAUCAAGCCCAGAGGCAGCAAAGCUAGUUUUGGUCACAAAAGCUCAUCUCUUUAAGCCUACAUUUCCAGCUAGCAAAGAGAGGAUGUUGGGAAAACAAGCCAUUUUCUUCCAUCAAGGAGAUUAUCAUGCCAAGCUGAGGAAACUAGUUCUUCGAGCUUUCAUGCCCGAAUCCAUCAAAAAACAUCGUCUCAGACAUCGAAUCCAUCGCUAA